AUAACCAGGGUUUAAUUUUGAUCAAGUUUUUGAACAUCAAAGCGCAUUUAUUGUCAUUGUUAAUGGUUAUGAAUGUCUCUAUCAUUGUUAAAUGCAUUAUUUAAUUUCUGGCUGCGUGUGUUGUUGAAACUCAAUAAUUGUUCGUGUCAGUGGGUUCGGGUUUCGAAACUCAUUCAAUGCGUUUGUGGUUGUUGGAAUUCGAAGGAAUGGUUUAAUACAGAAGAACAAGUUGCUGGUUUUUUACUUGAAAUAGUUACUUGCAUUUCAUGGAUUGGGAUCUAUGGAGUCCAUCUUCUGAUAUAGUUUCCUAUGAUGGUGAUUACUCCGAGAUUCUCAAGUGGCACUGUGAUUACUUUGGCCGUAGCUGUGGCCGUGAUGAGAUUGAAGAAGAUGCCUUGAAUGCGGAAUCCUGUGUUCAGGUUUUGAGAAUUUUGAUCACUAAAGCGGAUACUGAAAUUGAUGAACUGGAAAAGGAUCUCUUGUGCCUUCAGAAUGAAUUGGCCUGGACUGAGAAUGAAAACUGGCCUGAAAUAUGCUGUAGUGCGUUGACCGAAAGGAUCAAUCAACUUGAUGUUGCGGUUACUGCUUUGAAGAGUGAUCAUGCUGAUGAUACGGAGAUGCAGCUACUGUUGCAUAGUAAACCCGCGGAGACACUUCAUGAAAUAGUGAAGGCUUUGCAUAAAAAUCACUUUCAAGAUACACAUGUCCAGCGUCUAGAUGAGAACAUCUUGGAUCCAAUUGUGAGUGUUACUGAACAUGUACCGGAUAAUGAUUCUAACGAUACUGAUGCAAAUGUUAUCAUAAGGGAGACAGGAGAAGAAGACUUUAGAACCUCGGAAAGCUCUAGCAGCUCAGAGCUUCUUUCGGAACUUCAUGAAAAGAAAUCAGAUGAUCCUGAAAAGAGCAAGGAGUUGCUUGCAAUAUCUCUUGUGAGAAGUCCUGAUUCGGGGGUUGUUAGCUGUGUACCUUACCAUUCUGAUAGGAUGAUAUCAUCUGAUACAUUAGAUGAUAAAGUUACUGGAGAUGAGGAUGUCGAGCAAAACCAACUCAUUACUACAGAUACAUGUCAAAUCUCAAAUCUGUUUUUGUCCAAGGAAGAAAAUACAACUCUCAAAGAAGAUGUCCCCUCAGAUGGCUAUAGAUUUUCCACUAUCAAAGGGAACGAACUCCUAACUACUGAGUCAGAUCAAAUCUUGAAUCCAUUCUUGUCCAAGGGAAAUGAAAAUAUUCCAAAUGAAGCUAAGGAAGAAAUUAUAACAGUCAUAGAAGAUUUCUGCUCAGAUGAUCAUAGACUUGCUGUUAUCAAGGGGAGCCACCUCAUUGCUACAGAGACAGGUCAAAUCAUGAAUCAGUUUUUGCCUAAGGGAAAUGGAAAUAUUCGAAGUGAAGCCAAGGAAGAAAAUACAACUCUGAUGGAAAACGUCUGCUCAGAUGAGGAUAGACUUGCAAUUAUCAAAGGAAGCAUUACUGCAGAGUCAGGUCACAUCUUGGAUCCGUUUUUGUCCAAGGAAAACCAAAAUAUUCUAAGUAAAACCAAGGAAAUAAAUAUAGCUGUGAAAGAAAAUGUCUGCUCAGAUGAUCAUAGACUUUCGUUUAUCAAAGGGAGCCAACUCAUUGCUAAAAGUGCAGGUCAAACCUUGGAUCCAUAUUGGUCUAAGAGAAACAAAAGUAUUCCAAGUGAAACCAAGGAAGAUAAUACAAAUCCCCAAGGAAAUGUAUGCUCAGAUGAUUAUAGACUUGCAAUUUUCAAGGAGAUAAAAAUGCAUUCUCAUUCCAGGUUUGGUAAUAGUCAACAAGAAGAAAGCGAAAAUUUUGAUUUAGCUAAAAAGUUGUGUGAUUUUAUUCCAAAAACUGCACGAAGAGCCUGCAAGAAAGAACCCAAGGUUGUUCCAGAUGAAGAUUUGGAAUCUAUGCGUAAUUUUGUUCCAAAAACUGCACCAAGAGCCUGCAAGAAAGAACCUGAGGUUGCUCCAGAUGAGGAUUUGGAAUCUAUGGAUGCACCCUUACAAGUUGUUUUUCCUCAAAAUUGGUGUUUUGCUGAUACAGCCCUGCAAGCCCUAGACGUAAAGGCCAAAGUUGAUGUUAAAUUCAGCAAGUCCUAUAAACGUCAGGGAAAGAAGAAACCAGAGUCUGAGGCUUGUUCUGCCAGAGAACCACUUAACAGUCCUGCAGAAGUUAUUCCAAGUGCAUCUAAGAGUGUAUCAACCAAGAGGCAACAGAAACAGAAAACCUGUACUGCUGGUACAAUCAAUGAGCCCAUGGAUUGUAAAAUUACUAAGAGGACUGUGAAACUGGGCAAGCAUGAAAUUGAUGAUAAUGUUGUUGAUCUUGAUGACAGCGAUUAUACACCAACCAAGAGGCAGCGGAAAUCCAAAUCCUGUACUGCUGGUAAAAUCUUAAAUGAGCCCAUGGAUAGUAAAAUUAGUAAGAGAGCUCUCAAACCAGGCCAGCAUGAGAUUGGUGGUAAUAAUAUUGUUCUUUAUGACAACGAUUAUGCUUCAACCAAGAGGCAGCGGAAACCAGAAACUCAUACUGCUGGCACGACCUUUAAAAAGCCCAUGAAUAGUAAAAUUACUAAUUGGACUGGGAAGCCGGGCCAGCAUGAAACUAAUGGUAAUGCUGUUGUGCUUUAUGGCAGCGAAUUUUCUGAAUUACAAGAGAAAGGACAAUUUUCAGAGUUGUCAAUUACCUCAGAAGUACAAAAUUCAAUUGUUAACUACUUCGACACAACAACAUUGGAUGUCAUGCCGCUUGCGCUGGUGGAUCCUCAUAAUGAGAGCUCAGUUCAGCUCCCUGUUUACUCGGCCGAAACCUUGAUGAAAAUGAAAUUGACUGAGUUGAGGCCCAUGGCAAAGGAACUCAAAAUAGCAAAGUCCUAUGAUCUUAAAAAAGCAGCUUUGGUUGAACAAUUAGUUAUGCGACUCAGCAGCCGCUGAACUUACUAGUGGGCUUGAUAGUGUUAGCCCAUUUUUGCAAUUCUCUUUUGGGCAUCAUUUUUUGGUUAGGUCCAGUGCUUCCACGGAGUUUGGCGUACGAUUCUGACAUAGUUGUGAAAAAUACGUAGGCACGCGGAAAUGGAUUUUGUACAGCCUAUAGAUAGAAUACUUUGUAAAUGAAAGGAAGUAUAGGUUUUCUUCCUAGUAGCUGUUAGUCUUUGCAGCCUCAUUAGAGACUUGAAACUUUGCUGUUGUGUCCACAUUGAUCUGCUUUGAUCCAAAGCCAUGAUACAAUUCAAAAUACAUUAAACAGCUAAGCAUGCUUUUUGCUGAUUAA